GAGCGUCUCUAGUGCACCUACCCAGAUGGAAGACUGCAUCUAACGCGCCUUGUCAAGGUGUCCUGCGGCGUUGAUCUCCUUCCCUAGGUUAUCGCCAGGAAUUUAGCAUCAGUUCUAAAAACCCAUGGUAGUCAUUGAAGGUCUUUGUGCUGACUUCAGGGGCUUCUGGAUUGAACUCGGACUCUGUGUUAAAGCAACAAACACCCCCCCUGUUUUACAGCUCAUAAGAAGUAAUGGAAACUUUAACCACUGUUGUACACAAUCAGGUCUUGUAAUGGAGCCUGUUGGUUCUGUGGCCUUUGUGAUGAAAAGCUGGCAUAAAUCUUGCAUUGCCUUCGGGUCAUGACUUGUAUACCAGAGCGCUCUGUUUCUCCAGCAGCUGUAUGUUUGAAUAUGAAUUGCAGCAGACUGUUUUGCUUUUUGGGGUUUUUUUUUUGCCUUAGCACUUGAAACAGAUAUAUAAUGUUACCACCUCUAGUGCUGAGAGAGCUCGCGUGGAAUGUCUCCUGGUUAGCGGACCCCAGCCGGGAGAGAAUCGAGGCAUUUUCUGCAGUCGUGCGUUUUGAUCCCUCCCUCUUAGACGUGCUUUUCAUGUUACAAAGCAGCUUAUGGAGAGCAAAAUCCUCGCCAUCAAAAACAGGGCAUGGUUUUAAUCUGUGGAUGGUCAGAAGAUACUGCACUUUCUCAGUGAUCACAUCAGGACACUUCCCUGCCCCCAUCCCUGAUCAAGGCAGCUUGGGACAAAUAAUCAUCUGUUACUCAUUGUGAAAAUUUUGAAGUGAAAUGUAAAGACACUGAAAAGAUCUUGAAGGAUAGCUGGGCUGUGGCCAGUGAAACACGGAAAUCAAACAGCCGUGUAGCCGACUAGUCGGUGCAUUUUGUAUGGCUAAGACUUCUCUCGCUCUCUGUCUUUCUCUAAAACUGUGGAACAAAUACAGAGUCUCCAACAUUCCCUCGCUGAUAUUUAUAGAUGCCGCCACCGGGAAGGUUGUGUGCAGAAAUGGCCUCUUGGUAAUCCGAGAUGACCCAGAAGGUCUGGAAUUCCCCUGGGGGCCAAAACCCUUCAGCGAAGUUGUGGCGGGGCCUCUGCUCAGAAACAAUGGCCAGUCAGUGGAUAGCGCCAGCCUGGAGGGCUCUCACGUCGGGGUCUAUUUCUCAGCACACUGGUGCCCACCCUGUCGAAGCCUCACCAGGGUCCUGGUGGAGUCUUACCGGAAAAUCAAGGAGGCGGGUCAGAAAUUCGAGAUAGUCUUCGUUAGCGCAGACAGGUCAGAGGACUCUUUCAAGCAGUACUUCAGCGAGAUGCCCUGGCUGGCUGUCCCCUACUCUGAUGAAGCCCGAAGAUCGCGCCUCAAUCGGCUGUACGGCAUCCAAGGCAUCCCGACCCUCAUCGUCCUGGACCCUAAAGGCGACGUGAUCACGCGGCAGGGGCGGGUGGAGGUGCUGAAUGACAUUGAAUGCCGGGAGUUCCCGUGGCACCCCAAACCCGUCCUGGAGCUGACGGACUCCAACGCCGUGCAGCUGAACGAGGGCCCCUGCCUCGUCCUCUUCGUAGAUUCAGAGGAUGACGGUGAGUCCGAGGCGGCCAAGCAGCUGAUCCAGCCCAUCGCCGAGAAGAUCAUCGCUAAGUACAAAGCCAAAGACGAGGAGGCGCCGCUGCUGUUCUUCGUGGCAGGGGUGGACGACAUGACCGACUCCCUGCGGGAUUACACCAACCUGCCGGAGGCAGCCCCCCUGCUCACCAUCCUGGACAUGUCGGCCAGAGCCAAGUACGUGAUGGACGUCGAGGAGAUCACGCCCGAGAUUGUGGAAGCCUUUGUGAGCGACUUUCUAGCGGACAAGCUCAAGCCCGAGCCCAUCUAGGCGGGCGCCCGCGGACCUUGUUAAAGCAGGGCUCUCCCCUCCGCUCGCGGGACCUCCCAGCGCCCUCGCGUGCAGCCCAGUAUCCAACCUCCUUGUGGUGCCUUGUUUUCUGCAGUGAACCCUUCUCCCGAGCAAACUCCUCGAGAUGCACUUUCAGCAGGGGGUCGCCGGCGUUCGGAGGCUUCGCUCGUGCUUCAUGGUGAUAUAUUCUCUUGUAGCCUGGCCAGAACUGUUACUGUCCCUGUACUCUGUAUCUGGCACUAGCUAGCAGGCAGAUCUUCUUUGCAUGGUGUUCUUCCCAGCGUAGGCAUCUGGCAGUGGACGGGGUUCUCGGGCCUCUGAUACCUCCUCCUCUCCUCCCCGUCUCCCGCCCUGCCCCACACAGACUGUUCCGAAGAAGCAAUAAGGAAAUGUCCCCACCCCCAGCCACCCUCCUGGCUCCGGCCGUGUCGCAGGCCAAGCGCCGACAUCCUUGGCAUGUGCGGCAGUGGCCGGGACGCUGCAGCCCCUUCCAUCCUCCUGGUGAGAACUCCUGUGUCCAGGCUGUUUUCUCUGCCCCCAGACAUGCAAGUCGGAGGGAAUCCCACCCCAACCUUCCCCCCAGCCAUGCAGAGAAACAGCACAGGGCUGCUCGGACCUCUCCCACCCCUCCCUUCUCGUCUCCCACCUCCUUUUUUUCUUCCAUGUUCUCCCGCUCUCUCCUUUGUGCCCUCCUCUCUCUGGUAUGAAAUGUCCUCCCCUGUACGUAGCUGAUUGAACCGUUUUUUGUAGCUGUGUCCCAAAUCCAACCUUAAUGGUGCUGUUCUUUAAACCCACCCCCCACCCGGGCAGCACAGCUGAGCCCCCGGAAAAGUGACGUUGUAAAAACUGUACAUGGUGAUUGGCCCUUUGUAAUAAAACCCACGUCCGACCCGA